AUGAUCACAAUUGCAACACAGAUCAAAGUUCUCGUAAUGUCGACGCUACAGAUCCUUGUCACAAAACUUCGUUCGAUCAGGCGUGCUGGCUGACUUGUAAUUAACACUGCAGGUACCUCACGAAUAAACGAUGCGAGCAGAAGUUCGACCUCUCGACGACCGCCCUGGCGAGGCGCUUGAAGAGAAUCUGGCCCCCGCAGGCCUCCGCGAGCAACUUCGGAGUGACGCGAUAUCUCUGCUCUUUUCGCUGACCUUUACAGCAGCUUUUUUGAUCGGAUACGUGCUGUUCGCUCGCCGCGUCAGGAAGUGUGGCGCACAAGAAAGCUGUGUAACCAAACUGGCGACAUCUUCGGGUAGAAGCAUCAGCAGUACAACCGGGGACAAAAAUAGUAACGAGUGGAAGAUUCUCUACGGGCUGAUAUCCUUAACCGGUUUUUUUGGUGCCUGGUCAACCUCCGUGGUCAUCCUGGAUGCCUACAACGUGGCGCUCGGGUUGCAACGAGGCGCUGCUUUCAGUUAUCCUGUGUAAAAACGUCCCCACCCCAUAGUUGUGAUGCAAAUGCGCAAUGACAGGAACAUUUGUAAUGCGCAACUCCAUGAGAGGCAUUUCCAGUCGUGUUUUGGUAUCUGUAAUGCUGUAAACAGGAUGAGGAAAUGGCUUUCUCAUGCGGCUUUACUUGCUAGCCAGCCCUACACUGCAGAUGGAAAUUUGUCAUGCAGAACUCCCAAAACUUGGGAUUUUGUGUUGCAGACUUCCCAUCUCAACUAUGGUGUGGGGACGUUUUUACUCAGGAUAUCAGUGGCUUUUUGGUCAGUGCGGAGAACCUCGGUGCCAUCCCGGGAAUUUUCUGCACGUACCUGUUUCUUCGCUCCGAAAGAGCACAGACGGUUUCGAUCCGGACCAUUUUCGUUUACUCAACGGGAAUCCGAAUCUUUUCCUGGGUGCUGCUCAGUAUCGGUCUGUCGAGGAUACCGGCUAGAAUUAUACCGGGAGCAACGACGACGGAAACUGGACCCGAUAGAAUGGAAGGCGCGGGUUUUGAAACAUCUUGUAUCCGCCGAGAAUUGGAAAUCAAGUCAGAGUCUUGUCUUGCUAUACCAAGCCAAAAGGUGGAAGCGCAUAUUCAAACCCAACAUCAUGAGCAGCACAUCAGUCAGUCUGCGUUCGACAGCACUAUCACUUAGCAACAUUCAUUGCAUGAAGAGUUAUAGAAGGCUCAACUCCGGCGGGAUACUAUCUGUGUUGCUCCUUGCAAGAUUUGUCGGCGGGUGGUCGCGCGGCAUCAACACACAGAUCUCUUUACCAUCAUGAAAAGCGCCUCUACCUCUGAUUUGAGUCAUACUCGAAUAACUUGUGUGCGAUUUUUGCACAAAAAGAAUGUUUUCGGAAACAAAGCCUGCUGUGAGAAUAAACACCAAGCAACGAAAGGCCGAAACCCCAUUGGAGGUGCAUCAGGAGACGGUCAGUCGUGUUUGUAUCCUGUGGAGGCGGGGAUGCUUUUCAUGGUUGGACUGAAUAUCUUGCCCCGCUUGUCAAAUACGUCGUCCCGGGCGAACACGUGGCAUAUUUUGGACCCCUGCUCGGUCUCCUCGCUAUCAUCGGCUCCAUGAGCGCCGCCGUUUUCUCCGCCUCAGAAAUGGCGCUCGUGCACUUCAACUUCGAUUUUGAUCAGGGCACACGGGAAGAAGAUCGCGGAGCCGGCUCCUCCACGGAAGUAGACGCAUUUGCACACGAGGGCACGGGAAUCAUGGGCGUUGUUGCGUGGAGUGGUCUGGCGCUGCUGUACCUUCGUUAUAUGACACGCCAGUCGCUGGCGGAAAUCCUCCAGGCCGGACGGGUAACAGAGGAGGAAAAAUCUACAACCAGAGCUGUUGCAGCGUCUGUUGUACAUCGUACCUCCAGCACGGCCGGGAAAAUAAACCAAGUAGCGGCUACUUUCGACAAUGACCCUGGGCCAGGAGCUGUAAAAGCACAGCCGGCACUCGAAAAACCGCUGCUGGAGCAGAAAAAAGCAGCCUCGUCUCGGAAAGCGGAAGAAGUGACGGAGGAUGUUGACGGCAAAAGCAGGCGGUUCAACAUCUUUGCCGGUGCCCUCAGCAUUGCCUUCCUGCGCACGUUGAUGUUGACGGGAGUGGAGGACUCGCUGGCACUGACACUGCAAACGCGAUUCGGCUGGCCAAACGACCACAUCGGGUUCGUCAGCUUCAUCCCGAUUGGCGGCGGGGUCAGUGCGUUUCUUCUGACGCCCUACUUGAAGCAGAGCGGAGUGUUUGGGCCGGCGGGACGGCGCACGCCUGUGAUCCGCGCUUUUCUGUCGGUGGGCCUGCUCGGAAUACUCGUUCUACUCGGCGUAGGGACAUGGUGUAGUCGGUUCCUCGGGUCCAUCGAAGACGGUCCGAACGGAGGCACAGUCACACAAACCUCCAGUGGAGGCUGGGUCAUCCUUCUCCUGUGCGGCAACACGCUGCUCUACCUCUCCGUUUUUGGUGCGGAGCGAGAAACGCUUGGGAUCCUCUUUCAGCGGAUGAAAACAAGCGACGCAAACUGGGUCGCGCUUGCGCUCUCGGUGUGCCAGCUAUCGGGUGGCUUUUGCGGGCCGCCCGUCGCGCGGAAAACAGUGGCGGGCGCUAAUGGCAUGCAGAAGUACUGUCUUCUGCAGGCGGUUCUGCUGCUUGCGAUGCAGAUUGCGUACGAGAGGUGCCUGCAGUGGGUUGAUCACGACGACGCGAAGCAGUGAGAAGCACGAAGGAUACUUUUUUUGCGCCAAUGCACGGCUGUUGCCAUCAUGCUGUAAUGAUUUGCGCCUUGGACCUGUUUGCGAGCUCCCGUGGUGUAGAGUGGGUCUGCUGUCUUCAGAGUAUUGACGGAUUGAAUGUAAUACGUACCGCCGGUACAAAAUCGCAAAAAAUUGCACGAGCAAGAGGAUUCUCAGUCUAU